AUGUCAACACGCAAAUCCAGCCGCGCUACCAAAGCGGUAAAAUACACGUCCGCAUCCGAAGGCUCGGAUUUCGAGGAUAAGAAGCGAAAGCCUAGAAAGACAACUACAGCUACCCCCAAAGGACCUACAAGAAGGACAAAAGCAGUACCGGACGCGACCACCGUAUCCGGAAAGAAGGCCCCCAUGAACGCCAAGCGCCCCGCUGAAUCCGACGACGACAAUGCUUCCACGAACGAAACCGCCCCCAAACCCAAGCGCCAAAAGAAAGACCCCGAGACCCUCGCACAAGAAGCCCAUGAUAAACAGGUCAAAGCCGACAAAGCCCUUUACAAACAACACUGGCAGGAUUGGCUCGCCUCCCACACCGUCGAAGGCGAGAUGCUAGAAGAAGAACCCGACAAGGAAGAAAGUAUCACGCAAACCGACGCGCUGAAGAAGUACGGGCUCAAGAAAGAGGAACUGACGUCCCUGCUGCGGUACGAGAAGAAGAACCCGUUGUAUGGUGGCACGAUGAAGUUGUUCCUCGAGGAGAACGUGAGAGAGUUAUCCUUCAGGAAGAUGGGAAUGCUGGAAGGGGUGGGAAGAGGUGAUGGGGAGGUUUUGAGGAAGGGGGAGGAGAUUUGGCAAGCAGAACAUAAAGACGAUCCUGAGUCUGAGGACGAAGCGAAACGGACGAAGGUGAAGAAGACCGAUAAGUCCACGCCGGCAAAAGAGAAGAAGGAAACCUCGGCCAAACCAGAAAAAUCGAAGAAGGAAGCACCAGCUAAACCCGCCAAACCCACCAAAGAAAAAACACCCAAGCAAAAGUGGUCAGCAUACAUAUCCGCACACACCCCCGCUGCCGACUCGAACCUCACCGAAGAGCCAUCCGACGUCAUCAAUCAAACAGAGUGCAAGAACAAGUACAGUCUCACGCCCCAGGACCUAGCUUGUCUAUCUUUCUUCCCCAAGAAGAACCCCGUGUACGGGAAGAUCAUGAAGUUGUUCGAAGAGAGCGAGGUGAAGAAGUUGGCGUACGUGAAGACUGCUGUUCUAGCUGGAGUGGAGGACGAUGGUGAGGAUGAAGGGGCGUUGGCGAAGGAGGGGAGGAAGACUUUUGAGGAGCAGCGAGAGGGGGAGGAGGAUGAGGAAGAGUAG